UUCAGGCCUCUUGUCCUUCCAGCCACCGCCUUUCAGUAGAUUCAGGACCGCAGUCCAUCUCAGUAUGCCUAUUUUAUCGCAAAGGAGAGGAUAAAAUCUUUCUUAUGAUUUCCGAACAUGCGGAGCUUCGAAGCGCGUUCGUCGCGGCGGCGGAAAUCUCAAGUCUAUCGCAAUCUGGAGCGGAACCAAGUGUGCUGGCAGGCAACGAUCGAUACUCUGCGGCUAAAUGAACCACGCUCCACAAUGGAUGUAGGGACUACUCUCAGUAUGUCCCACCUAUAGUGUACAGACACACGGUGGCGACUGAGGUGAGUCUGCCUCCCACUUGAGUGCAUCCGUGUCAGCCACUCCGCUCCCUUCCUUUCUGCGUGCUGCAACUGCACGAACUCCAGAUAACUCAACCCGCCGCAUGCUUGAAGAAACUUCUCAGCAGAGUCAAGUCGCCCUGCUUAUUCCGCCUCUUGCCAGCCCCUCGUUGCCCUAUACCACAGCGUCUACCCCCAGACGUCUCCAAAAUAUAGAUUUAUUGUACGCUCGUUUGAUCCUGUCUGCCUUAGCGCGCGAUCCGCAUGCCAUACGGCCUCAUCGCUCCUUCGCAUAGCCACGCACACACCGCAGACAACGGCCGCUACGAGCCGACAUCCGGCGUCCCUGGGACAUGUUUCGUGACGACGAGGACGACGAGCCUCGACGAGCUCGCGGAUCCCAUGGUAAACAUCUAGGCACCUGCACAGAGAUCGGCACAGCCGGUUCGAAAACGGUCCCUGACGCAGCUGUGACCGUUCCUUCUCGACCCUUGCAUGCGCGUGGCGGAUACACGUACUCCCCCUGCACCCAGAAGAACUCGGAGCCGGGUCUGGGCACGCGAAUGAGCCGGAGCGGUGCCACACCUCCCCAUCUGCGUCGCGACCUCACGGACGGGUCCCAGCAUCACGUGGUAUUUCCCUCUGCGAUUCCCAUCCCUCUGUCUGGACCUCGAUGGGACGGCGACGUUCCCGAUCGCGUUUCCCCCCCGUGCGUCGGGCUCUUCGCGGCGGCCCCCCUUGAGGUUGGGCUGGACCCGACGCUCGCCACAGAAAAGGGCGCUCUGCGCCGGUGAUCGGAGGGGUUAGAACUCAUAAACAUUAUCCACGCUACAUCCAUCCAGUCGUUUGAUCGAGUCGGCGACUGAACACCUGUUAUCCCGAUAUGGUGUUUUCCUGUCCGCUUCGAUUUGAUGGCACGAUCACGUGGGGUCAUGCUGUUAUCCCCGACGUCCCCUAUUUCGUCGAGAAUCAAUCUGAAGCUUCUUCUCGAGCCCCUCUCCACUGACACCGACGGAGGUGCACCCAGUGCGAGUGUGCGGGGAUCGGGACCCUCUCGUGCGCUGUGCCCACGUGGUAGACCGAAGCGCAUGAUCAUGACACUCCGAACGGCCGGUCAACGGCGCAGAGAUGACGCGCGUGCCGCCAGCAUCCCCAAAGCUUGAGUGCGCCGUGCGGGUGGCUCAGGGAGUGCACCCGGUGCGAUGCGACGACAUGGAAACGAGGCGACGAGGGGUGGUGUUGCGACAGAAGUUUCGUCAUGCAUAUGCCGGGAGAACGUAGCGAUGCGCAGGUCAGCAGACCACACUCGUAUUGCAGCAAGCUUCUCGCCGACCUCCGUUCCUCGGCAGAGGGGUCCGGCCGGCUGUGAAGCGAACAGGGUCGGUCCACGCCCGUGAUGGACGGACGGGCCAGAGCCUCUGAUAGGAUGCAAUGUCGGAGCUACGGGAUUAGUUACCCGGUUCAGAACUCGAUUCCGUUUUUCCUUCUGGCCCCAGCUGCGUGGGCGGGUCCUCGAAUUUCUCUCCCAGCUCGACCAACGACGUGAAAAGGCCCACCACAUCCACCGUGCGGGCUGUCAGUGUGCAGCGGUGGCUCGCGGAUGUCCCGAGAAUCGAAUUCCGAUCACCCUGUCAAAAGGAAUACCGUGCUUCCAUGCUGGGUCCGGUGGGGUGUGCUGGUACAAUGGUAGGCAAGCAAGAGCCCGGGUGCAGUAGCCUGGGCGAAUAUGCUGUGAUCUACCGAUGCAUUAGGCCGAGCAAUCGGCCUAAGCUGCGCUGUACGGUAUAAAAAGGUGAUCCAUUCGCAGCAGAUUCCAGACAGAAACCCACCCGCCGCCGCAAGAUGCACACCUUCGCCACUCUCUUCGCUCUCCAACUCGCCCUCGUGUCCGGCGCCCUCGGUGCGCCCACCGCGAACGUUCCCCGCGCAGCCUGCGCGGACGUCAUGGUCAUCUUCGCGCGCGGCACGACCGAGGCUCCGCCGAUCGGGACCGUCGCCGGCCCACCGCUCCAGUCUGCGCUCACCAGCGCGCUCCGCAGCUCGGGCAAAACGCUCUCGUUUGCGGGCGUCAGCUAUCCUGCCGACGUGCCGGGAUUUUUGGCUGGCGGCGACCCGCAGGGCUCGAAGACCAUGGCCGCUGACCUCACGAACGCGGCGAACUCGUGCCCCAAAGCCGCGCUUGUGACGGUCGGCUACAGCCAGGGCGGCCAACUGGUCCACAACUCGGCCAAAAUGUUGUCCUCCACCGUAUCGUCCCGGAUCAAAGCCGCAGUGAUCUUCGGCGACCCCGACAAUGGCACGGCCGUCGCGGGCGUCAGCGCGGCGAACACUAAGAUCAUAUGCCACACUGGCGACAAUAUCUGCGCUCACGGAGACCUCAUCCUGCCGCCGCACUUGUAUGUCGUCUCUCCAUCCGAGUUGAUGCGCAUGGGUCUCACCGCACUUUUCAGGACGUACGGCCAGGAUGCGUCGUCUGCUGCUGCUUUCAUUGUCAGCAAGGUGUAGUUAAACUCGUGGAUUGUGAUCCACCAAAUUCGAACGUAAAGAGAGAAAGGAUAGUGUAGGCUGUGAGAGAAUGUUUUACUCUAUGAAAUUUGUAAUAUCAUAUA